AUGAUAUCAUUCUUUAGGAAUUUAUUUGCCAAGCAGCCAUCUUCUAAAAAGUCAUCCGAUAAACAGGAUUUAUUAACAAGGGAAAAGGAUCAUGAUUUGACACUAGAUUUGAGCAUAUUUAAAGUAUCCCUGGAACUGGUUGUGAGAAGGGAAUGUCUCGAGAUGGAAGAUGAACGACCUUCAACACACGACUCGAAAGACAAACCGAAAAAACUCAGAAGAAAAACAACCAUCAUUGAAAAACACGACCAAGCCAUAACAACCUACAAUGAUAGAAAUGAAUUUACCAGAAUACCUCUGAUAGCUUAUCACUGUUUUGAGAGAUUGGAGAAAUUUGUUGAUAAGGAAGGAAUUUUCAGAGUACCUGGGUCAUCUGUGGAAAUUGAUAAGAUUGUUAAGGAUGUAGACUCGGGAAUAGUAGUAAAUUUGAAAACCUACUCUUGUAACACUGUUGCAAGUUUACUGAAAAAGUAUAUUAGAGAAUUACCAGAUCCACUUCUGACCUAUGAAGGAUACAAUGAUUGGACUAAAUUGUCGAGUAUGGAAAAUACAGAACAAGCCAGAGAAUUUAUGAAAAAGCUUUUCAUUGCUCUUCCACCUUGCAAUAGAUCACUAUUCAUCAGUUUACUUUCUCUCUUACGGAAAAUAUCAGAACCACCAAAUAUUGAAACAUCCAGAAUGACAGAAUCCAAUCUAGCUUUCAUUUGGGGGAUGAAUAUACUAAAACCACCUGGAUCUGAUUUGAUGAGAUCUGACAUUUCCAAAGUGAGUCAUGCUAUCAUUUUCUGCAUUAAGGAAUAUCACAGGUUGAGGGAAGUGUACCAACAAUUAGUGAAUGAACACGUCUUUGAUUCCACUUCUAUCAAUACUAGCCAUUAA